CAUGCAUGAAAUUACCGCUGUUUAUGACCCAAACGGAACGUUCACUGCUUAAUUGAAUUUUAAACAUCGCCAUAAAAGCACAAAAUUCACCUUCAGCUGCAAAGAUGUCCCAGGAGCACUGGAUGCGCGAUUUGUCGCCAGAGUUACGCGAUCUAUCAAUUAUCAAUUUAGCCAUACCAGGUUCCCAUAAUACGAUGACCUAUGGUAUUAAUAGCGACUCAAAGCUAGCACCGGAUGCGGACACUGCAAUACGUCGUUGGCAUCGCGUUUUCCCAUGCUUUGUUCGCCGUUGGUCGAAAAACCAAUCUUCGAACAUUUUGGAGCAACUUAAUCUGGGUGUGCGUUACUUCGACUUGCGUAUAGCACAACAUGAAGGCAAAUUCUAUUACUGUCACGGUGUCUUUGCUAUGGAAGUGUUCGAGCCCCUGCAGGAGUUGCGUCAAUUCCUGGACACACAUCCCGAAGAAGUCGUUGUGUUGGACUUACAACAUUUCUAUGAUAUGACCAUCCCUCAUCAUCAGCAGCUGCACAAGGAGCUGGUACAGUUCUUCGAUCAACGUUUGUAUGCCACAACGGAUGGUCCGCUGCUCGAAUGCUCCUUGACGCGCUGCGCCGAACUGCAGCGCCAAGUGGUACUCAUCUGUCGUCGCUGUCCAAUCGGUCUGCCUGUCCAGUUCUGGCCCAGCUAUGCGUGGCCCACACCGUGGCCCAAUACGGCCAGCAUUAAGAAGCUGCAAUCCUUUCUUGCUGACUCGCUGCUCUCUCGCCAGCCCCAUCAGGGCUACGUUUCCCAGUGUCUGAUCACGCCCACGGGUCGCUAUAUAGCGCUGCGAUUACUCUUCACCCUGAAACGCACAGCGAAGCGGGUGGAUCGUAAAUUGAAGCCGUGGAUAGUGGAACAGUUGCCAGGACCCUUUGACAACGGCCAAAAGCCGCGCGUAAAUGUUUUCCUUGCCGAUUUCGUUAAUCUCAAAGAUGGCCAAUUCUGUGAUUGGGUAAUCAAAUUAAACAGCAAACUAGAGUGGGAUAAAACUGAGUUUAAAGGCGAAGAUGAUUGGAACAGGAUCUACUCUAACGAAUAAUCGUACAAAUAUUGUUAUAGAUUUUCUUUUUAUAUCAGCACGA